GCACUUUUUGUAAAGUGUAGAAAUGUGUAGGUAAGGCGAAAACAGUAAUUGUUAAAGUUCAACACUUAUUUUCAAUGUAGUAUCCUCACUAGUGAUGCGUUUAACAAUAUUAUCUCUUUAUCAUAUUAUCUGAAAUGCAAGUGGACGUUAUAUCGUGUGUAAAGUAGUCUUGUUUGAUGAAUGAGUUUCAUAAGAUGCGUUAGAAGUCGAGUACAAGUGACAGCAGUACGUUGCCAAUUAUUUACUUGUGUAUCGUAUGUCAUGGAUAAGCGUGAGAAAGCUGUAAAUAAGCAUGAGGAAGCUGUGGAUAAGCGUGAGGAAGCUGUGGAAAAGCAAACUGAGAACGAUCCAGACAAUGUACCUGCAGAUUCCUCUUCUGGGCAAGAGGAAGACGAUUCUGCAGUAGAAAAAGUUUGCAAGUAUUUGGCCCAAAAAUUACGGCUUUAUGAUUCCACAGAUGAAAGUGAACAGACAUCGCAAAAAGUUCUUACAGAGCUUUCUUUGGAUGGCAUUGCUGAAUAUAUAAAAAGUACUAGGUGCAAGAAUGUUAUUGUUAUGGCUGGAGCUGGAAUUUCUACGUCUGCAGGAAUUCCAGACUUCCGCUCACCUUCAAGUGGAUUAUAUCACAAUUUAGAUAAAUACAAUCUGCCACAUCCGCAAGCAAUUUUUGAAAUAGAUUACUUUGAAAAAAAUCCAGAGCCAUUUUUUACUCUGGCAAAAGAACUCAUGCCUGGAGGUUUUAAACCUACCCCUUCUCAUUAUUUUAUUCGACUACUAUGGGAGAAAGGAUUAUUAUUGCGUCAUUAUACACAGAAUAUAGACACUUUGGAAAGAGUAGCAGGUCUUCCCAGUGAAUUGCUAGUUGAAGCACAUGGCAGCUUCCAUUCUGGACAUUGUUUAAAGUGUCGAGCACCCUAUUCUCUUGAAUGGAUGAAAGAAAAAAUACUUGGAGGUCUAAUUCCAAAAUGUGAAGAAUGUAAAAAGGGGAUUGUCAAACCAGAUAUUGUCUUUUUCGGUGAAAUGUUACCUGAUCGAUUUCAUACUCUCAUUGAUCAGGACUUCAAAAAGGCUGAUCUAUUAAUUAUCAUGGGCUCAAGUUUAGUGGUACAUCCAUUUGCGUCUCUAAUAGACAGGGUACCUUCUAAUUGCCCGCGAUUACUUAUCAAUAAAGAAAAGGUUGGAGUGGAGGACAGAGUAAUGCAGCUUCUGGGAUUGAAACAAGGUUUAGUGUUUGAUCCAAUAUAUGGUCACUUGGCUCGUGAUGUUGCAUGGUUGGGAGAUUGUGAUACUGGAUGUCAACUACUCGCUGAUAAGCUUGGUUGGGAAGAGGAACUGAAAACGCUAGUGAAAAAAGAACACGAACGAUUAGAUGCUGAAAAAUGAAAUAACUCUCCAUAAUCUAGUCAGUUUAUUAAUUCCGAAAGUUUUCAGAUUAAACUGAAAGUUGAAAUAUUAUUAAAAUUCUGUUAUUUGAAGGUAUACAUGAUUUAUUUAAAAUAAAUUAUUAGCUGCUCAAUAAAAUAGAAUUAUCAAUUAAACAUAAUUAUUCCGUAUAAGACGUUCAGGCUCUAUGAAAUAGUUACUGUAUCGCGAUUAAUUAAAAUGUUAGAAGUAUAUUCCUUGCAAUUACUUAUAUGUUUUUUACAGUUCAAUUAGAUGUUAAUAGACAUCUUUUGUUAUGUAUUUUCGGUUAAUUCGCAUCCAUGGCUCUAGGAAAUUUUUUUUUAUUAUAGUUAUACCGUACGUUUCAAUAUAUAAUGAAUAAAUUAUUCAAACACUUA